CACACUACUUCUCUUAAUAGUUGUCAAAUUAAAACAUUCCUAACUAUAGUAUUUUAACUGCCGUCGUAAUAUGUUUAUUGUUGCCGUAACUGGGGGUAUUGCCACGGGCAAAAGCACCGUCAGCAAAGUGUUCGAGAACCACGGCAUUCCUGUGAUAGACGCUGAUAAAAUAGCCAGGGAGAUUGUGGAACCAGGUCAACCAUGUUGGCAGCAGAUCCGGGAAGUUUUCGGCGAUGAAGUGCUGUUGCCCAGCAAGGAAAUAAACCGUGCCGCCUUGGGGAAGAUGAUUUUCGAGGACAAGGAAUUGCGUGGGAAACUGAACAAGAUCACUCAUCCUACCAUUCAUCGCAAGAUCUUCUGGCGGGUGUGCAAGCUACUGGUCACGGGGCAUGCUUGGAUCGUCCUCGACCUGCCACUUCUUUUCGAAACCGGCAUCCUAAUGGACUUUAUUCACAAGAUUAUCUGUGUGUCCUGCGAUUCGGACAAGCAGCUAGAGCGACUGAUUGCCCGCAAUGAGCUGUCGGAAGCGGAGGCGCGGCAUCGCGUGGAGUCACAAAUGCCGCUGGAGAAGAAGUGUGAGAAGUCUCACUUUGUCAUAGAUAACAACGGAGAUAAGGAGGACACCGAAGCUUCUGCCUUGAACAUUUACAACAUGAUGUGUGAGUCCAAGCAGCACUGGCUAAACCGAAUCAGCUUUCUGGGCCUCUUUUUCAUCGUGGUCUUCUCUAUAUACCUACUAUUGAAAAUUUUCAAUCGGCUGCCUUGGCAGAUGUAAAGUCCAGCCCAUCAAAGCAGUUGGUGCCAUUGUGACGCUUUUUAAUGUGUUAAUGCAAUUGAAACCAAACCCCUUUAUAAUUAGGGUAUUCCUUAUACUGAACUUAAUGACUAAUAUAAUAUCGGCAGAUAGAUAAAGCUUAGCGACAUAGAUGUUGCUAUUUAUUGGCACAAAAGUUUAUAAUUUUUACGGAUUUUUUAGAAAUUUUAUACAAUGCGAAUGGUAUUUAAGAACUUACUGACCAACCAUUUUGAGUUAUUCCCUGCCAGGCAAAGAAAGCCUCGAUAUAUCUUUAAAUUAGUCAUUUAGUCGUAUACGGAAUACUCAAAAUAACUAACGCUUGCUAGUGAAAUAUAUACAGAAGUCACUAAUAUA